AUGUUAAUUUCUCCUCCAGAUCUCAAAAACACUACCGACGAUGCGCUCACGCCGUAUCUUACCACCCUGCCGCAACCAUACACCUUCACCAAAGACAAUACCAAUUCCAAUGUGCGCUUCAUCAUAGGCUAUACUGCGGUCGCCAUUGCAGGCGCUACUUUUUAUGUCGAUAGGAUUCUAGGGUGGGAAGCGACGGAGGCUCCAUGGGUGUCUGUCGCUGUUGUUUCCUACUUCAUCCUGAAUUCUAUCCUCACAUACUGGAUCUGGGCGGUAGAAGCUGGAGAGGUAUUCCGGGGUAAGAGGAAGUCCGGUGAAACGAUCGUCAUUCGGUCCUCCUCGAAGAAACACUCGCCGCUCUAUAAACUGAAGGUGAAAUAUACGUCACCAGCGAAUAAGGUCUUGCAAGAGAAGGAGAUCGAAGCUCCCUUCACGAUGUGGUUUUCGUCCGACGGCGUCUUCCACCCGGAACCGUUCCGACGCUGGCUUGCUAGUGAGAUUGAGAUUCUCGGCCUCGCUGCGAAGGAGGCAGCGAAGAAGACGGGAGGCCUCUCGAGUCACGUUGGCAUAGACGAGCAAUCCAGACAAACGAAGGGUGGCAAGAAAUGA